AUGCCUCCAUUGAGGGAUUUCGAUGAAGAUUCGUUUUCACUGACAAAUAUUGAACACGAAAUCAUGGGUACUUCCACACGCCGUGUCGACGAGCCCGAGCUUGACUACGAUAUCCACACUUCAACCCUCGACCAAGCCUUCCCUGAUUUCUCUCAAAUACAGACCUCCGAAGAAGAAGGAGAGGAGCUUACCGUCAGCGAUAUCGAGAUGUCUGUCGAAUUGGGACGCGGUGCGGGCAAGGCGGGACGCGACGACUCGCGAAGCUCUGUGAUGAGCUUCGAAAACAGUGUCCGCUCUUCUUCACCUGCAAUUCGCGUCGAAUACCCAACACCACAAAAGCCCAGUACGCGCCCACAACGUCGCGCUAUGAGUGAAAAUCUCCGAAAGAAUGCUCAAGUGCGGCGAGCGACCCAAGCGCAGAAGGAAACUAUGAGUCCGCAAGUAUCAAAGUCCCAGCGCGACCAGCGCCGAACAUUUUCAGAUAUGCACGCCAAAGUGCGUGACAACUACGAUGGCUCUUUCCUGGGCGAUGAACGCCCAGCCCCAGUUUCAACAAAGACGCGCUCGACGCGUUUCGGAAAUGCCAACACCUCGCAAGAGAUCGCAGACGCCGUUGAGCGAGCUUCGCGUGAUGCCUAUGCUAAGGAGCUGCGCAAGUCCACAUCAGGUACUCCUCGCAAGCCUAGUGCCAAUGCAGUCAACAACAAUAUUGGUGAUACUAUGACCCAUCAAUCAUUCCUUCUCCCUGACCUCCCUAAUAUCUCCGAACUCGUGUCUGGUGUGUACGAAGAUGGCACGCCUGUCUAUAAUCGCCAGGGCAAGAUGCGCUCCACUCGGUUUGUUUCACCACUGCAUGAUCACACCGAAAUGUCUCUACCCCAUGAUCAUUUCCCACUGGACGCAGUGCCUGUUCCUGAAGAUGAAAAGGCCUUGUUCGUUUCAUUGAGACUGCUCCAGGAUAAAGUGGCCGAACUGAAUAUGUGGAAGUCUGAUGCCGAAAGGCGAAUGGAAAACUAUCGCCAGGAGAACGCCUCUCUAAAAUCGAGCAAGACCCGCCACUCAGUCAAGUAUGAUUCGGAGGACAAUGAGCACAAGAAGGGAUCUAAGCGUUUGGCGAAUGAGAAUCAGAAAUUGGAAGCAGCCAAUCUUGAAUUACAAAACCAGCUAGACAUUGCCGAUCGAAAGGCUCAGGUUCAAGAAUCCGCCAUCAAGCGUCUGAAUCACGAGAGAGAGUCUGCAAUUUCCCAACUUGGCGCAGCUUAUCUCGAAAAUAGAGAACUCAAGACCGAUAAUGAGGAGUUACGGCAGGAGAAUGCGGAUCUCAAGUCCCAGAUUUCUCGGUCUUCGCACCGCAAGAACCGCGAACAGGACACCCUCGAAUCUGAGGCUAGCUCGACCGUCUCCGAUGCCGACGACAGCCAGCUGUACACUGAGCGCAGCGCUGACAUGAGUCGCAGCACUAAGGAUCUCACAUCCAAGAGUGCUCGCUCUCAUAUCAAGAGCAGACGUCAGGAUGAUUCGCGUUCUAAGGUGUCUAACCAGGUGGACAAGGAGAUUCACCGCCUCGAGAAGGAACGGGCUGAUGAGGCUCUUUUCUCGAUCGAAGUGCCCACUCCAAGGCGCACCUCGGGUUCCAAGUCCUCGAAGCCGACGACUCGCACAGUUGAGGCAAAGAGCUCCCGGAAACAGCCCAACACUAGCAAGCAGCGCGUCAAGCGCGUUGUGGUUGAGGAUGUGAGCUCGCCAGUUGAGGUGACUGAGCAGACAAAGGAAUCUUCUGAUGCUGAUUACACCUUGUUGAGUGUCAUUGAUGAACAUGAAAUUGCUCGUCUGCGCAAGACCCUGGAAGAGGAAAGACUGAUGCGCAAGCAGCGCCGCUCAAGUAUUCCCAAGGAAAGCAACCCCACAGAGACUGUCAACUCAACCAGACAGAGCAUAUUGAAAACUCCUGCUCCUCGCAAGUCGUCCAUUCGCGAGAGCAAGCCAAUCAUCCCUCGUCCAGCGUCUGCUGCCGGUGAUAUCACCACUGGCUCAAGAGCAACCACUGAUGGAGAGACGAGUCUUACCGUUCCAAUUGUGGAGCGUUCGAGGCGUCACUCAGAUAUCUCCUUGCCCCCAACCACCCCUCUCAAGAAGACACGUCCUGCUCCUGACAUGACCUCUGCCUUCAUCCUUCCUGAUAUUACUCUCCACCACGCCGACUUGGCGGCCAACGACCCAUCGAAGCUGCCCCAGGCUACUCAAAAGGCGUUGGACAGCCUUGCCCAGCACGACGGCAAGAACUGCACUGUCUGUCAUGGCCGCUCGAAUGACAAUGAAUGCAACCACGAGCCAGUCAAGGUUCCCAAGCCUGUUCCAGUGUCGGAGCGCAUGCCUAAGCCCUCAGUAUACAACGAGGAACCGACAAUGCGCCCAUCGCAACCCCCUGCCGUCGCCCUUGCCACCGUUCUCAAGAGCCUUGAGGACGAACUCUCUCACCUGAAGAUGCAACUGGCAACCUACCAAAGCGCCUUCAACAAGCUUGACGCAUCCCUCGGCAAGCGACCCCGCAAGGCUCUCCUCGAAAGGAUCGACAAGCUCCUCAAGGACGUCGACAUGAAGUCUGACCAGAUCUAUGCCCUGUACGAUGUGCUCGAGGGCCAAAAGCAAGACGGCCACGAGAUUACCGAGCAAGAAAUGGAAAUGACCCUUGAAUCUAUCGGUAUUGAUUUCGGCGCAUCCCACGCACCGGAUAUGACAGGCACCACUGACAAGUCCUCUCGUCACACUGAUCAAAUUGAUCUUGAUGACGAAGAGGAUUUGCCUUGGGAGGGUAUUGAGAGUACUACUGAGAUGACUGGACAUCUCUCUAUUCGCGGUCACUAA